AUGGUGUCACCUUCGAGCGCGGAGGCCGAAUACCCUGCUGUUGCCAACGUGGUGGCAGAGUGCUGCUGGUUGCGCCAGCUCUUUGGCGAACUGCGCGUGCCCCUGCCCACCACCACAGUCACCUACUGCGACAACAUCUCCGUGGUAUACAUGGCUGCCAACCCAGUACAUCACCGCCGCACCAAGCACAACGAGCUCGACAUCCACUUCGUCCGCGAGAAAGUUGUGUUGGGACAGAUGCGUGUUCUUCAUGUCCCCACCGCACAACAAUUCGCCGACAUCAUGACAAAGGGGCUCCCGACUCCGGCAUUCCAGGAAUUCCGCUCCACACCACAAGGUGCAUUGCUCUCUCCCUUCUCCAGUCUACACAGAGAUCAAGCAAACGUGCAGCGAGACUCGGGCCGCAACAAGGAGCUGGACAAGGAGUUGAUGAUUAUUAAGGACAAGGAGAAGGAGAAGAAGAAGCAGGAGACGGUGGUGGAUUCCGGCGAGUCGGAGAUGGGCAGGGAUUCGGCGCAGCACCAGUCCCUGAUGGAGGAGAUCAUAUCCGUGGAGAGGGAGCGCAAAGACCUGCUUGCCUCACUUUCUCCCACCUUUUCUCUCUGGAAAGAGAUUGAUUCUCAAACAACCUGGACCAUCGCCACAACUACUUUUUCUAGGGACAACAAUGAGAAUCCACUUGCAGACUACUUGAACCUCAUCCUCCAAGCUAUGGAGGACCUGGGUCAUCGGAUGCUUUCUACAUUAUAUUUUCUCAACAAAUCCGAUGACUCCGUCUGCUCCUACAAGGCCACUGAAUUGUGCAAUACAGCAACCAAACUGAAUAUGCACAUCAAGGGAUUCAGCCCCAAGCCUGAGCCGGAGCCAGAGCCAGAGCCAGAGGAGCAGCCGGGGCAGAUCGAUUUGUCGAGUCUUUUCAGAAAAUAUUGUCGAUUUCCUGAUAAUUACAACAACACCUUGGCCCGGUUAGAUAUGGAGGAGCAUGAGGAGAACAAAUGUGAGGAUGUUCAUGUGAAGAAGACCAAGGAAGAGGAGGACAAGGAGAAGGACGUAUCCUCAAAGGAGUAUCUCAAGAAAAGGAUGGACAUCGAGCAACAAUUUUUAGCCAAUCAUCGAAAAUCCUGGGAAAAUGUGUGGGGCAGCAGGAUUGGAUGGUGCGGUGGAUUUAUGGAUACAACCAUAUUGAGCCCUAUGCAAUUUACACAUCACACACCUGGUAGCAUCCCUUCCCCUGCUGCCAUCACCGGCAGUACCUUGCAAAUCUAUUCAAUCAAGAUAAAGAGUAUAAAAGGCUUGAACUGGCCACUCAGAGUGUAUGGCGAGGUUGCUGCUCGAGACACUGUGGACCGCAACCGCAACAUUCUAUUUUCUCGGUCAAGGUUUGACUACCAAGAACUCAAUGGAGAAGAUGAUUGCUUAUGCUUGACUGGUCCGUCUCGUGCAAUUGUUGCCUUGGACCAUGUUGAGUUUGAAGUUGAUCUCCAAGUAGCCAAUGGAGGAGAGUCUCAAACAUUGAUCAGCUGUAGAGGUUGUUAUGGUUUUUUCUCUUCCUUGGCCAGCGUAACUGAUGGUGAUGAUGGAUGUACCUUGUCGUUCUCCAACAAGAGCUGUAGAGUUGAGGUAACCCUUGACCAGAUUGAUAAAUCACUCCAGGCUACUAUCGUGGGCGUACAUGUUACCAAAGGGCGUUGGCCUUUUAAGUAUGGAUGCCGAGUUGUGUGUUCUUGGUCUCCUGCUGCGGCGACAGAUGUCAUUGGUAAGACUUGCAGGCGAGUUGUGCUUCUUGAUCACCGUGGUAAAGGAAUGCACAGAAGACCAGACAAGCACCUUCAUCUCUCAAGGAGAGUCGUUUCAGUGGAAUCACAUGGAAUGUUGAGAGUGUCCAUAGAAGCAUAUGGAAAAUCUCGUCGCUGUAUUGCUCGAGAAGGUCACAUCAACUUCCCUGUUCAGCAGUGCCAAACAAGAAGGAUUGAGUGUCAAGUUGGCGACUCCACGGUGGAGGUUGCUGUAGGCUGGUCGUUGCUUGUGAAGGAAAAAGCACUCUUGACCGUGAUGAGGCAGUCCAGGAUGGAGAUGGAGAUGGAGAUGGAUUCUGAUUCUGAUUCUGACUCUGGCUCCGGCUCCUGUUCUGGCCAUGAGAUGGACGAGAGGGAUUCCAGCAAGGAGCGAGUGAGGGAUGCCAGCGGCAAGGAGAUUGUGCAGAUGGCCAAUGACUUGGUUGGUGUUCUUUCCGGCCACCUUGGGAUGCUUAAGAGGGAGAUCUCGUUCCUAAGGACAGAGGUCAAGUCCCGGGGAUUGGCUGGAAACAGGGCUUGUCAAGAGCAGAUCAUGUCUAACCUAGGGCCCCUCGAUGAAAAUCUUCUCAAGAAGGUGAAUUUGCCUUACCUAGGUUCCAACACUGAGGAGGUGAUGGAUUUUCUGCUGGUCGAGACGCAGCAGUUGCUCUACCGCUUCAACUCUCUCGCAUCCAUUCUACAAAAAGUCAGAAUCCCCAUAUCUUCCGACAAGAUUGAUAAGCUGCGUCUCAUAUCCAAUGCACUUGUGGGCAUCUCGGAGCUUAUUAUCAAGAGGCACAAAUCUGUUGCUUCUGACAGUGCCGGCUGGGAGGCUACAUGGGGAAGCUCGACAGGAAGACAUGGUUGCUUUGACGACAUAACAACAUUGAGUCCUAUGCAGUUUACGGCUUCCACGCCUGGAAGCUUCCCAUCCUCCUCCGUGGCUGGUCCUGCCUUGGAGAUCUACUCAAUCAAGCUCAUUAAUCUGAAUCCUAAUCUGAGUUGGCCCAUUGAUGUCUAUGGCGUGGUCGCUGCACGGGAUGAUUUUGACCACAACCGCAACAUUCUCUUCUGCCGGUCAAGUGCAGACUGCCAAAGAAUUAACCAAGAGGACCCUUUUUUGCACUUGAUUGGCCCGUCUCGUGCAAUUGUAGCUGAAGAACCUGUGAUGUUUCAAAUUGAACUGAAAUUGAAGUAUGGAGCAAAUUUCAAAGAUACAGCAUUGUUCACUUCCAACCAAAGUUAUCGCUCCAUCAUGCCAUAUGAUACCAUGCAGAUCUAUAACCGCUGUUGUACAGCAGAGAUAAGCCUUGGGCGAGUUGAUCCAGCAAUCCAGGCCACAAUUGUAGGUGUUUGUGUGACUAAAGGGGAGUGGCCUUUUAAGUAUGGAUGUAAAGUUUCUUGCUUGUUUUCUCCUGCUGAUGCAACGGAGGGAUGCGCGGCAGAAGUCGUUUUGCUUGACCGCCGUGCUAAAAGGAUGCGUGCGGGAUCAGAUGGGUAUCUUUCUUUGUCAAGAAAUGUCGUGUCAGUGGGAUUGCAGGGCACACUCCGAGUCGUCACAGAAGCAUACUCAGAGUCUGGACUCAAUAUUGUUCGAAAAUAUCACGCUGAAUUUCCUAUCCAGCAGUGUCAGAUAGAUAGUUGUGAGUGCUCAGUUGACGGCUCCACAUUGAAGAUAGUUGUUGCUUGGUCUCGCCUUGCCAUUGACAAGGAUGAUCUUGUAAACGAUGGUUAUUGA